AAACUCAGGAGAGCCCUGGUUAUUAAAUGAUAUUAACGUUUUCAACAGUAUUACUGUACUUACACUUGACUGUUCCCCUCCCUGUGAAUUUACUUGAUAUGUCUGAAAUACUGCCCCACCAAGAAAUUCUCACAACUUUGAAAAGGAAGGUCCCUUCCAAGAAACCGUAUUUCCAACCUGAAUGGGGCGCCGCCAUUGGGUCUUGCUUAAAGCAAGGAAAACCGCGUCUGCUUCAGACCCAAAAAUGGGUCAGAGUCAGGGGAGGGCAAGGCAGAGUGAAGUCCGCUCGGGACCCGCCUCCUCGGGUGGCCUCAGUUCCUGGGGAAAGAGGCUGGGGGGAGGAAAGGGCAGAUCCUCGCAGCCUCCAGGUGCCAGACGCGUGAGUGAGCGGAGAGGUCUCGGCGCCUCCUAACCGCCCGGGACUGCAGGACUGCGUCCAAAGAGAUCACCCUAGGUCCCGCUCCUCCCCGCCGGCGGGGGGAGAAGGGGGUAGAAGGCCUCUCUCACCGGCUAUAAAGGGCCCUGGGUCGCCGUGGCUCGCCUAGGCUCGCCUCGACACGCCUAGGCGUCCUCCGGCUCCGCCCUUGCCGCCUGGGCUCCCCCCUCGAGCUCCAGUUCCCGCUCGGGCCCCACUCGACCCUCUCGGGCCUCGGCUACUCGGGCUGCAGCGGAAGAUGGCGGCUUCGGCGACUCCCGCGGCUCGAGCCCCCGACUCCGAGGCGGCGUUAGCUGCCGCCCUGGCGGACGUACCCGAAUUGGCCAGACUCUUGGAGGUCGACCCGUACCUAAAGCCCUUCGCUGUGGACUUCCAGCGCAGGUAUAAACAGUUUUGCCAGAGUUUGAGCAACAUUGGAGAGAAUGAAGGUGGUAUUGAUAAGUUUUCCAGAGGCUAUGAAUCAUUUGGUGUCCACAGAUGUGCUGAUGGUGGUUUAUACUGCAAAGAAUGGGCCCCAGGAGCAGAAGGCGUUUUUCUUACUGGAGACUUUAAUGGCUGGAAUCCAUUUUCACACCCAUAUAAAAAACUGGAUUUUGGAAAAUGGGAGCUGUAUAUCCCACCAAAGCAGGAUAGAUCUGUACCGGUACCUCAUGGGUCCAAAUUAAAGGUAGUUAUUGCUAGCAAAAGUGGAGAGAUCUUGUAUCGUAUUUCACCAUGGGCGAAGUAUGUGACUCGUGAAGGUGGUAAUGUGAAUUAUGAUUGGAUACACUGGGAUCCAGAACACUCAUAUAAAUUUAAGCAUUCCAGACCAAAAAAGCCAAGAAGUCUGAGAAUUUAUGAAUCUCAUGUGGGAAUUUCUUCCCAUGAAGGAAAGGUAGCUUCUUAUAAACAUUUUACAUGCAAUGUACUACCAAGAAUCAAAGACCUUGGAUACAACUGCAUUCAGUUGAUGGCAAUCAUGGAGCAUGCUUACUAUGCCAGUUUUGGUUAUCAAAUCACAAGCUUCUUUGCAGCUUCAAGCCGUUAUGGAACACCUGAAGAGCUAAAAGAGUUGGUUGAUACAGCUCAUUCAAUGGGUAUCGUAGUCCUCUUAGAUGUGGUACACAGCCAUGCUUCAAAAAAUUCAGAAGAUGGAUUGAAUAUGUUUGAUGGAACAGAUUCCUGUUAUUUUCAUUCAGGACCUAAAGGGACUCAUGAUCUUUGGGAUAGUAGACUGUUUGCCUACUCCAGCUGGGAAGUUUUAAGAUUCCUUCUGUCAAACAUAAGAUGGUGGCUGGAAGAAUAUGGCUUUGAUGGAUUUCGUUUUGAUGGUGUUACAUCCAUGCUCUAUCAUCACCAUGGAAUAGGUCAAGGUUUUUCAGGUGAUUACAAUGAAUAUUUUGGACUCCAAGUAGAUGAAGAUGCAUUGAUUUAUCUCAUGUUGGCAAAUCAUUUGGUUCACACGUUGUAUCCAGAUUCUAUAACAAUAGCUGAGGAUGUAUCAGGAAUGCCAGCUCUGUGUUCUCCAAUUUCCCAGGGAGGGGUUGGUUUUGACUAUCGAUUAGCCAUGGCAAUUCCAGAUAAAUGGAUCCAGCUACUUAAAGAAUUUAAAGAUGAAGAUUGGAAUAUGGGCAAUAUAGUAUUCACCCUCACAAACAGACGCUACCUUGAAAAGUGCAUUGCUUAUGCAGAAAGCCAUGAUCAGGCACUGGUUGGUGAUAAGACGCUGGCAUUUUGGUUGAUGGAUGCCGAAAUGUAUACAAACAUGAGUGUUUUGACUCCUUUCACUCCAGUUAUUGAUCGUGGAAUACAGCUUCAUAAAAUGAUUCGACUCAUUACUCACGGGCUCGGUGGAGAAGGCUAUCUCAAUUUCAUGGGUAAUGAAUUUGGGCAUCCUGAAUGGUUAGACUUCCCAAGAAAAGGAAAUAAUGAGAGUUACCAUUAUGCCAGAAGGCAGUUUCAUUUAACUGAUGAUGACCUUCUUCGCUAUAAGUUCCUAAAUAACUUUGACAGGGAUAUGAAUAGAUUGGAAGAAAGAUGUGGUUGGCUUUCAGCUCCACAGGCCUAUGUGAGUGAAAAGCAUGAAGGCAAUAAGGUCAUCACUUUUGAGAGAGCAGGUCUUGUUUUUAUUUUUAAUUUCCAUCCAAGCAAGAGCUACACUGAUUACCGAGUUGGAACUGCAUUACCCGGGAAAUUCAAAAUUGUGCUGGACUCAGAUGCAGCAGAAUAUGGAGGGCACCAGAGAUUGGACCACAACACUGAUUUCUUUUCUGAGGCUUUUGAACACAAUGGGCGUCCCCAUUCUCUUUUGGUGUACAUUCCAAGCCGAGUGGCCCUCAUCCUUCAGAAUGUGGAUCUGCCGAACUGAAGAGACCUGAUUUCAGCUCCACUGGAUGCAGAUGUGUGUUUUGUUUUCUGGUUCUCAUUGUCACGCAGCUUAUAAUGUGUAAGCUUUUCAAAAUGCAGUUGUCUAGCCAAAACGUCAGAUGUCUGAAAUUCAGUAUUGGUAUGUGUAAAUAUGUCAAACUUUAAGAAGUAGAUGGAGGGGUAUGUUUAAAAUUUUAGAAAUCCUAGACCAUCUUAGCUGGUAGGAUUCUCAAAUAAAGUGUUAUAUAUAGGGUCUUAAAAACAUUUUACUUUCCUGGACAAUUAUUUCAUUCUUUUAAGUUCAAAUUUGAAUCACUUGUCAUGUACGAUUAUUUCUGUUGAAUGUAUAUGGUAUUUUUUUUAAGAUGGAUCUUCGGUGGCCUUGUUUGUUCUAAUAUCUCUUGGUCUAAAUGGUGAAGAACCAAGAUUGUUUCUUUUUUUUUCAAAUUUUGUUUAAAAAUACUGUAAUAAAAAUGUACUAAUAAUAUAAAAUUAAGAAUUAUAUCAAAAGUAAUAUAAAAGCCGUUGCCUAUGAACUUAUCUGUGCCUCAUUUUGCAUAAAUUUUAUCUUGUGAUUUCUUGUUCACUUCAUAUUUUGGUAGAUGCCCAGAUCUCAGUCUUUCUGAAGGCCUAAAAUGGUAAUUGUAGCAUUUCAGAAAAUGUCUUUCAUUUCAAUCAAUAAAAAAAAAAUUGCAAAA